CGAUAGACGUUUAGUAGUCGUCAUAGUGACGGUACCGUGUUUGUCGCGUGUUUCGCAGAUAAUGGAAUAAAAUAAUUUCGAGUCCUUAUACAGAUCAAUAACUUGAGCAAUAGGUACCAGCUGAGCACGCGAUAUGGGCGAGAAGGGUUUAAAAAAGAAAUCGAGUAAAAAGAUAAACAAAGCAGCAACACCUGUUGCCAAAGAAAAAAGUCAAGAAGUCGUAGAAGAGGACGCCGCUUCGAGCGCCUCUAGUGAAAGUGUGAAAGAAGAACAAGAGGAGGAGGAUGAUCAAAUAGGAAAAAAGGUCGGUGCUGCGGCCGUAACGAUUAGCAGAGAGGAGUACCUCCAAGCACACAGGGACCUCACAUUUGACAAGCAGCAGCUGCAGCUAAAGAACAACAUCUUACAUCGGCGUCUAGCGGAAUAUUACAAAAAACGUAAAAUGGAUCACGUGCUGAAAGCGCUAGAAGGUGCUGUAGAUUUAGAAGAAAAAUAUCAACAGAAACUAUUGUCUUAUGAAGAACUAAAGGAAAAAGAAGAAAGGGAAAUGGCUGAGAUAAAAUCAAAAUUGCAUGUUGUGGAUGUACACUACCGCAGUCGUUUGGAACACGCCGAAAAGAAAUUUGAUGAUUUGCAACAUCUUGAAAAUACAACAGGAACAGGUCUAAUCUAUUCGAAGAAAGGGAAACCGAUUGCUGACAAAACAGUGCACCGCUACCUGACCCUGCAGAGACGUAAAUCAGAGCAAGCAUCAGCUCUUUGCCUUCGCUACAUACGCGUCAGAAAUGCUGUAGCUGAACUAGAAGCGAUCGUUCGGAAGUUGGAGCAAGUAGCCCCUGGACUAUUUGUAGCGCAAUAUGAGCAGCUCUUUGUUGAUCAUCAAAACUAUGCGACCAAAAUUGAAGAACGCGAGGACGAGUUGAUUAAAAAUCGUGGUAAAUGUACUGAGCACAACCAAAUAUUGGCUCACAUUAGAGAAAAAAUGCAACAUACGGAUGAAGUUAUCGACUUAACUGAAUGCGAUUUUGGAGAAGCUGAAAUGGAAUACCAGAGAGCUCGGGAAGAUCUUGGAAGUGUUAAGACUCGUCGUGAUAAACUACGUUGGUCGCUGGAAGCGGAGAGACUGAAGGCAGGCUUGUUGACAAGGAAGGACCUUCUGCGGGAUUACGAAAACGCAACAGAUGAGGUUGGCAUACUGAGGCAAAGAAAGUUGCAACUGGAAAGUCAAAUUGAAAAAACUACAAACGACUUGAGAGAAGCAAGGAAACGGGUGCAGUUGCCGCAGACUCCGUCCAUCCCGUCUAACAAUGCAACACUUUUUGAUUGAGUAGUAUUUUGUUUACAAUUUAUUUUAGCUAUUUAAUAAAUUCGUUAUUUUGUAACUUACCUUUUUUUAAAAAUUAAUCACUACAAACAGUCGCGUCUCUUUAUGCAAUUAACUUAAAACUUAAACUAUUAAACGGAUUUUCACCAAUUGAUAUUAAGUGAGUGUGAGUCCUGAAGAAAGUAAAUUUGUAUAUUUAAAUUAAAAUGGUCUUAAAGUAAGGUUUUGUAUUAAUGUGGUUAAAUAUUAAUUUGUUUGUUCAACAUGUCAGAAAAUUUCAGCCGAAUGGGAGUUAAUAAUAAAACAUCUUUUAAAUUGGUUCUAAAUUUAUCUCUGGAGAAAGAGCCAUUUGAUUGGGGCUUUUUAGUUUGACAACUCGGAAAACAUUUUCAGGGCUGAUUCAACCAAAGAAUUUGUAAUACUAAACUAGAAUGCUUACAAAUUAGCAAACGUUUUUACAUUUCGUUUUUGAAUAUAAGUUUUAUUUUUUAUUUUAGUGUUCCGCUGCUUGGCAAAGGCCUGCCCUUUACUUUGGCUUCAAAAUUUUAUUUUUAUUAACUUACUUUACAACAUUUAAUUUAUUAAUGUUUUCACUCAAUUCCUCCUAGCGCCGCAUGACAAAAAUCUCAGACAAAAAUUAACUUCGCCGCAUGACUUAUCACGUUUCGUUAACUACAUCAAAGUGAAGAUGAUACUAUCUUACGAAAAGCUGAUAAUAAGGCUUAAGCUGUCAAGGGAUAAUGCAGGUUAUUCAGAUUACAUCUUUACAUUAUGAUGGGAAAAAAGUAUAUUGGUUUAUAUUUUCAUAGAAUUAAGACCCUAAUUUAUUUUUUUAUUCCUAUUUCUUAUUUGGGAAACAAACAGUUAUGUAGAAAAAGAAUAAAAUGCCUUUUUUCCCUCGUCUUAUUGUAAAAAAUAUAUUGAACAGACUAAGUACAUUGUUGUAAAAAUAUUGGGAUCAAAAGUACAAUUAACACAAUUAAAUUAAAAAAUCUGAUAUUGCUGCCCCAUAGUCAUAUAUUCGCGGACGUUUUAUAUGAAUUUAUAUUUACUAGCUUUUGCUAAUCACCCACGUGGACAGUAUUUUUUCCGGGAUUGGAAGUACCUACCGUAUAUUAAGGAUAAAUUCCUAAUUUAGUAGAUAUACCUGCUUACGUAAUUUUAAGUAAAUCGGUUAAUUUUGUCUGAGACACAAACGCACAAAUUCACUUUCACAUUUUUAAUAAAUCGGGACAGUGCAUUAAAUUGUGCUUUAAAUUAAAAUACAAUGUUUAAACAUUCCAAGUACCGAUAAAAAGAUGUUAUUAUAGCAAGAUUUUUCCACUUGAAGCGAAUUGAAGGGAAUUUUCCAUAAUAAAAUCAUUUCUUGUUAAUGUAUUCAUAUCGUGUCCCCAUUUAUGAAAUUUAGCACUAAAGAUCGCUGGUUUAUUUCGCUCAUAGCAAUUAAUGGUUCGCAUUGCUUAUGGAAUUAUUAAAGGAAAAUUAGGAUAUAGGUUUAAAUAUAUAACAAUACGUGGCAAACAUAUGUAUUGGAAUAAUACAGUUCUUACACUUUUGUUUUUAGUUUCAGUUUAUCAGUUUCUACUAUUACAUGUUUGGACUUACUUUAUGUAUCU